AUGGCCCUUCCCGUGCUCCCCAACCCCGACAACUUCUUGGGCGUGGCCCUUGUCAUCAAGCGCGCCCAUGAAGGCCCAUGCUUCGUUUUUCACUAUCCAGCUUACAUUGCCCCUCCCGGUAGCAAGAAGAAGAAUGCUGAAAGUACCACCGUUGGCGACUUCGAUGAUGACGACAUCCUCGGCCGCCCAACCCGCGACUCUUCCUCGCACUUUGAGGCCUUGCCGCUUGAGGGCGCCGACGCCGCUAUCAGCCCAGCUGAGUUGGCCAACUGGAACCACGAUGAUCACUUAGUUGCAGACAAUGGUGCACAAAUUGCUCCUUGGGAGUAUGUCGCUGGUUUCCCGACGCAGCACCUGAAGCACCUCUUGGCGCCUGCGCGGCCAUACCACAAGCGGCGCUUCCAAGUGUCGCUGGAUACGCUUUACUGCGUGUCGUAUCCCAUUUAUGUGCCAGAGAGUGGCGUGUGGAAGAAGAAGAAGAAGAAGAAGGGCUGGGAUGUGCAGCGCCAGGGGUCGAGGAAGAGGGACGAUGCCGGUGGCAGUGGGCCAGGUGAAGAUACUGGAGUCGGAGAUCAGGGGGGUUCUGUAAGGAGUGGUGAGGAAAAGGAUGUGAGUGAUGACGAGCAGAAGGUGCAGGCCGAAUCCCAGAAUCAGGAUGAGGCAAACGAUGGCCUCAAGUUACCAGCAAUGGAUGACCCCGAAGACAAGAAAGAUCCCGAGGACAAGAAGAAAAGCAGCAUGGACAUGUUCAACCUCGUCUUCUUCCUCAAUCCCAAGAAGCAUGAGACCCGCGACCUAAUCGACCUCAUGUUUACCCACAUCAUCAAGAAGGUCAACAAGGCCUACAAGUACUGCCAGCAGCGUGCCGAUUUUGUUCGGAAAGAGUCUAAGAAAAUUCUGCGCCUCAAGGACAAAGGGCGCGAAGAGCGACGCAAAAUGAGCCAGCUCUGGGAGGAAAUCCUCUCCAGUUCCUCGCUCGCCGCAUCCAUGCAAGACAUCUACGAGUCAAUCUCCCAAAAUCGCAUCGCUGCCAUCCAGUUGGAGACCGCCGAGGGCACUGUGACGCACUCAGUGCAGAUUCCCAUACCCUUCCACGUCUCUGACCUGCCGCAAGAGGGAGAAAAGGGCCAUCCAGGGCUAUGGCUGACGACAGCCAACUCACUGCUGGCAGAAGAGGCUGCCGAGACCCCAGGCUUCGUUGAUAAAAAUUUCGCCUUGCUGCUCAUGAUGGACGAGAAGCGCAUCAUUGCCGAGCUGGAGAGCGAUCCGGACGAGACGACUCUGGCCAUGAUAGAGUUUGUGCGCCACUGCAAGCCGACACUCUCCUUCCACCAAGUUUGCCAACAAUCCAGUAACGUCCUGACGCCAUCCCAAGUCCGCAAAUUCGCCCAGCAUUUCAUCUACUGGCGCCGUGCCAUCGCCAUCCCCCCUCUCCAUGCUCGUGACACCUACAUUCUCAGUCCUAACUGCAACUUGCGCAAACUUCCUCAAGCCAGCGUCCAUUGGGCCCGCCAAUUUCCCCUCUCUCCUCCGUUACCCAACUUCCUGGCCGAACUGAGCGUCUGCCCGCGUCCAUAUAAGCAGCUUUGCCCCAGCAAGGCGCAUCGCCCAGUCUACAUGGCCAUGCUGGCCUGCUCGAGGCCUGAAGAGAUCGAGCGGGCCAAGAAGGCGCAGAGCGUACCUCGUGAGCCCAGUAGCACGAGUACCAGUGCUGGCAGCGUUGUUGCCGUUCCGGUUGCUGCUGUUAGUGCUGCUUCUGCUUCUGCUGCCGUUGGAUCAAGUUCUGGGAUUAUGGAAAGCGAUGACGCUGCUGCCACCGCUGCUGUGGCAGCCCUGGGUGAUGCAGCCGUCGCCGGCUUUGGCUCAGGCUUUCUUACUUUGACCGAUGACAACACCCCCGACUCAACCUCUUUCUGCGACCUUCCCUUCACCCACGCCCAAUCCAAAUCCAUAGCCCUCAACCGGCCCAUCCUACACCAUUCCCAAGCAUGUUCCAUCCCUCCUGGCACGCCAUCCUUCCCCCCGUCCACUCAACAACCCCAUCACCUAUCCAUCUCAGUCGCAACUCCCAGUCCCCACUUCCUCCAACCGACCCCUCAUACCCCAACAACUGCCACCUGCCCUCCCCAAACAGCCCCAGUGACAACAACACCAACCCCUUACGAACAGGCAGCCGAGAAAGCCCGUCUUGAGCGCAUAGCUGACAAGGCCGCCCGCGAACUCGCCGAGCGGGCUCUCGCCCACUCACGAAAGCCCGUUCCCCAGGUGACACCUCACCCCAGUGUCAAUCAUGCCAAACAUCUGGAGGGUAUCCAGCCUCAUAUCAUCCUUGAUGCCAAGCGGGCAACGGGCAAGGAGAGUUUGUACCUGAGUGCUAUCGAGAGGAGGUUCAAACUCAAGGCUGAGGAAAAGAGACGACAAAGGGGAGAGAAGGGCUCGGCAUUGGGAACAGGGGCUGAGUCAGGGUCAGGAAGUGGAACCGGAAGUAGUAGUGGAAGCGGGAAGCCGCAGCAUCAUUACCAUGGCCACCAAUCCUCCAGAGUCAAAGACGCGACGACUACCACAACUGCAGCGACAACCAACCUGAUGCUACAUCCUAACAGCAACGCAACAGCUUCAAACCAAGCCUCCUCAAGAAUAACCCCCAAAUACCGCGACAGUACCGCCGACCUAGACGAGCGCGUGGCUGACGCCUGGCCCGCCUUCUGCAAGUACUUCAACGGCCGGUCAGCCUUGGAACGUAUCGCCUUGCAAGAAGACAUGAAGCGCAAGGACGUGUGGACAUUGUUGACGGCCAUGAGCGAGUACCUGCUUUGUGUGAGGCAUUGGUAA